AUGAGUCGAUCCGACACAAGAACAUCACAUCAGGAAGGUUCAAAUCCAAUGUAUCGUAUACCACCAUAUUAUUAUAUUCAUGUUUUGGAUCAAAACACAAAUAUAACGCGACUUGAAGUCGGUCCAAAAACAUUUAUUAAACAAGGCAAUGAAACAGUUACAAUUGGCCCAGAAAAAAUGAUCACAGUACCACCCCAUCAUUAUUGUACUAUUGAAUCACCUGCCGUACGUAAUGAAGCAGGAGUAGUUCAAUUUGAUGAAAGCGGACAAGUCAAACUUCUUCAUGCCGAUUUAGAAAUUCGUCUUGCAAAACCUGACCAAAUACCUUUUCCACUUUAUCCUGGAGAAAUUCUUCGUCAUCCAGUUACUGCUCUAAAAGUUGUAGCAGCUAAUUCAGCAUUGCAUUUAAGAGCUGUACUUGAUUUGUAUGAUGAAACAACAAAAGAGCAACGCCAUGCCGGUGAUGAAUGGCUAUUUGAAGGACCAGCAACAUACAUUCCACGAAAAGAAAUUAGUGUAGAAGAGCAAGUUCGUGCAAUUAUUAUUGGCCCAAAUCAAGCAAUUCGAUUAAAUGCCAGAAAGGAAAUCAUCGAUCGAGCAGGUCAACGACGUGUUACUGGUGAAGAAUGGUUAGUUAAAAAAAAUGGUGCUUAUUUGCCACUUGUUCAUGAAAAAGUGGUUUCUGUUGAAACUGCUCAUGUUCUAACAGAUAAAAAUGCGCUUCAUCUUCGUGCUCUAAAAACUUUUACAGAUGAUUUUGGCAAACAGCGUAUGAACGGUGAAGAAUGGCUUGUAACUCUUAAUGAUACCGAAACACAUAUUAUUAAUGUUUAUGAACAAUUAGUUGCUGUUGUUGGUGUAAUAGUACUUACUUCACGUCAAUAUUGUGUUGUCCUUGAUCCAGUUGCAGACGGAAAGCCACAACUAGGAAAAAAAAAACUUAUUGUUGGUGAAAAGUCAUUUUUUCUUCAACCAGGUGAAAAACUUGCAAAUGGUAUUGAAGGAAUUUUCAUUCUGGGCGAAGAUGAAGGUAUUAUUCUUAGAUGUGUUGAAGCAUUUCAUGAUCAACAAGCUAAUACUGAUCGAAAUCCAGGUGAUCGAUGGAUGAUUCGGGGUCCAAUUGAAUAUAUUCCACCAACACAAGUUGAAGUUGUUAUACGUCGAAGAGCAAUACCUUUAGAUGAAAACGAAGGUAUUUAUGUUCGUGAUACAAAAACAGGCCGUGUACGAGCUGUUAUUGGUGAAACAUACAUGUUAACACAGGAUGAAGAACUUUGGGGAAAAGAAUUGCCUCAACGAGUUGAAGAGUUACUUACACGUGAUCCAUUAGCUGAACGCAAUGUUCAAACACAUAGUCAAACAUCGAAUAAGUCUCAGCAACAAGCCACUACUGCCAGUGUUAUAGAAAUAACUAGUGUAAAAUCAAAACUAUCUGCACGCGAUAAAUCAAAAUUAAUUACUUAUCCUGUGCCACAUAAUGCUGUUGUGCAAAUUUAUAAUUAUAAAUCUAAAAAAGCUCGUAUUAUUUUUGGGCCAGAACUUGUUAUGCUGGGUCCUGAUGAGCAAUUUACUCUAAUGUCAUUAAGCGGUAGUGUACCAAAAAAGCCAAAUCAAAAUCAAACACUUUGUUUACUACUUGGUCCUGAUUUUUUUACUGAUGUAAUCGUUAUUGAAACAGCUGAUCAUGCACGUCUUUCACUUCGACUUUCGUAUAAUUGGCAUUUUGAAAUCAAUAAAGACGAUGAAAAAGAAGCGGGGAAACUUUUUUCAGUUCCUGAUUUUGUUGGUGAUGCAGCUAAAGCUAUUGCAUCGCGUAUUCGUGGUGCUGUUGCCGGUGCGAAAUUUGAUGAUUUUCAUCAGAAUUCAGCUCACAUUAUUCGUACAUCUGUAUUUGGUAUUGAUGCCAAUCAACAUAUAAGAGAUCGAUUUGUUUUUCCACAAAAUAAUCUAAUUAUUACAUCAGUUGAUAUUCAAAGCGUUGAACCAGUUGACCAACGAACACGGGAUGCACUUCAAAAGAGUGUUCAAUUAGCUAUUGAAAUAACAACAAAUUCACAAGAAGCGGCAGCUAAACAUGAAGCUUCACGUCGUGAACAAGAAGCUAAAGGUUUAUUAGAACGUCAACGUAUUAAAGAUGAAGGCGAAGCUGAAGAAGUUCGAAAGCAACUACUUCUAUUGCAAGCUGAAUCGGCUGCUGUCGAAAUAACCGGUCAAGCUAAAGCGGAAGCUUUAAGUCACGCUGAAUCGGCUCGAAUUCAAGGCGAAGCCGCUGUUGAACAAGCUACUCUCAAAGCUAAGGCAGCAAAAAUCGAAUCAGAAUCGGAAUUAUUACGUUUAACAUCAGCACGGGAAGCUGAAAUAAAAUAUUUACGCGAAAAAAAUGAAUUAGAAAUUAGUAAAAUAGCUGAAGUAUCAAGAAUUGAAACAGAAAAAUUUAAACUGCAAGUUGAAUCGAUUGGUGCACCAACGAUACAAGCUAUUGCUACUUCUAGUGCAGAUACACAAGUUAAACUUUUGCAGGCACUUGGUCUUCAAUCAAUGUUAGUUACUGAUGGGCAUACACCGAUUAAUCUUAUGGGAUUUGGACAAGCUCUUUUAGGAGACUUCACUGGUAGUCCAAUUAAAAAACGACGACUAUCAAAUGGCGUUUCGAAUAAAUAUAAUGCCGAAGAAACUGAAUAG